GACAACGUGACGUCAAAUAUCUGCGCAGGGACUCUCACACGUGUUGCUUUCAUGAGUUUGGACCAGUUGGGAAUUUUCUGCGUCGGAGUCAAGUUGUAAAGCACCGGCAUCAAGAUGGGGAAGAAGCUAAAAGUUGGAAAGACGAGGAAGGAUAAGUUUUACCAUCUGGCGAAGGAAACAGGUUAUCGCUCUCGGUCUUCCUUCAAACUCAUCCAGCUGAACCGUAAGUUCCAGUUUCUGCAGAAAGCCCGAGCUCUGGUGGAUCUGUGCGCCGCUCCGGGAGGAUGGUUGCAGGUAGCGUCUAAGUUUAUGCCUGUUUCAAGUCUCAUCAUUGGUGUUGACUUGGUCCCCAUUAAGCCCAUCCCCAGUGUGGUGACGCUGCAGGAGGACAUCACGACUGAGAAAUGCAGACAGGCUCUUCGCAAGGAGCUUCAAACCUGGAAAGUAGAUGUCGUGUUAAACGAUGGAGCCCCAAAUGUGGGAACCAACUGGCAACACGAUGCCUUUUCUCAGGCUCACCUGACCCUCAUGGCUAUGAAGCUGGCCUGUGAGUUUCUGACCAAAGGUGGCACUUUCAUCACCAAGGUUUUCCGCUCCAAAGACUAUCAGCCUCUGCUGUGGAUCUUCCAGCAGUUCUUCAAGAAGGUGCAGGCCACGAAGCCCCAAGCAUCCAGAAAUGAGUCGGCAGAGAUCUUUGUCGUCUGCCAAGGUUACCUCGCCCCAGACAAAAUCGACAGUAAGUUCUUUGACCCCAAGCACGCCUUCAAGGAGGUGGAAGUUCAGGCCAAAACGGUGAAGGAGCUGAUUCCUGUCAAGAAGCCAAAGGCCGAAGGAUACGCAGACGGUGAUUUGACGCUGUACCACAGUUUUACUGCGACGGCCUUUCUAAAGGCCGAAAACCCGGUCGACUUUCUGGGAAAAGCCAGCGAGAUCACGUUUGACAAUCCUCAACUGGAAUCUCACUCGGCCACCACCGGUGAAAUAAAGGAGUGCUGUCGGGACAUCAAAGUCCUGGGACGCAAAGAGCUCCGUUUGCUGCUGAGCUGGAGGGCAAAGCUCAGAAGAUAUCUGGCAAAGAAACUGAAGGAGGAGGCCAAACAGCUUGACCAGGAGAUCAAUUUAAGCUCAGACGAGGAGGGGAUGAAAUCAGAAGAUGAAUCUGACGUGAAGAAGGAGGAAAAACCGGACGAUGAGGAGGACGAAAUGGAGAAGAAACUGGCAGACCUAAAAGCUCAGGAGGUGGCAGAGCUCAAACGGAAGAAGAGGAAGCUGCUGAAGGAGAGGAGGAAGCAAAGGGAGAGAGUGGAGCUGAAGAUGGACCUGCCAGGCGUCUCCAUCGCCUGCACCGCCGACUCAUCCUUGUUUUCCUUAUCUUCUGUCAAGAAGCAGCAGGUGCUGACUGACAUCUCCAAGGGGGACAUGGAGGCUGCAGGCGAUCUGGGAGAUGGAGAAGAUGACAUCCACCUGUCAGAUGAGGAAGAUGACGCGGACGAAAUCUCCCUCGCAUCUGAUUUGGACGAAGAUGAUUUGGAAGAGUUGGAAAAGAGACAGAAGGAGCUGGAAAAGAAAGCACCAAAGAAAGUGAAGUUCACCGAGCAAGUUGAGGAGGAAGAGGAGCAUGAAGGUGGCCUGCUGGUGGAACUGGAGGGGAAGGAUGAGAAGAUUGAGCGGGAGACGAGCCUGUGGUUCAGCAAGGGCAUCUUUUCAGAAAUUGACCUGGAAGCCGAUGCAGAGAGUGAGCUCAAACAGACAGAGUGGCUCCAAAACAAGCAGUCAGGGAAAGGUAAAAAGAGGAAAGCUGAAGAAGAGAGCGAAGAUAAAGUAGAUGAGGAAGAAGACACCAAAGAGGACGUCGCUCCUGCAGAUGUGGAAACUCCUGGACCUUCACAGGAAGCUGCAGAGGAAAGCGACUCAGAUGACAGCAGCGACGAUGAAAAUGAGAUUGUGAGAAUGAAGCGAGCCAAGGGGUCCGGGGGAGCGUCAGGAGAUGCUGAAGAUGACAACUUCCAGGUCGUUCCUGUUGAAAGCACCAGUAAGAAAGCCAGAAUCCUGGAUCCAGAGGGUUUGGCCCUUGGAUGUGAGAUUGCUACAUCCAAGAAGAGAGCCAGAGACCUGGUAGACAACUCCUUCCACAGGUUUGCCAGCUCUGACGAGCCAUGGGAAGUACCGGAGUGGUUCCUGGAUGAUGAACGUAAACACAGAAAUAAGCCGGUGCCUGUCACCAAGGACAUGGUGGAGGAAUACAAACAGAAAUGGAAAGAGAUCAACGCCCGGCCAAUCAAACGGGUGGCUGAGGCUAAGGCCAGGAAGAAGAGGAGGAUGUUGAAGAAGAUGGAGCAAGCCAAGAAGAAAGCCGAGGCUGUCGUCAACACUGCCGACAUCUCUGAGAGAGAGAAGAUGGCUCAGCUGAAGAGUAUCUACAAGAAAGCUGGCUUGAAAAAGGAAAAGAGAGAAGUAACAUACGUUGUAGCCAAAAAAGGAGUUGGCAAGAAUGUGAGGCGGCCUCGUGGAGUGAAGGGAUUCUUCAAAGUGGUGGACGGACGCAUGAAGAAGGACAUGCGGGGGGUGCAGAGGAAAGAACAGCGAGCAAAAGGAGGAAAAGGAAAAGGAAGACAACCUAAGGGUGCUAAAGGGAAAAGAGGAAAAUAAAUCUAAACUCAGAACCUCUGUAUUAAACAGAUAAACUGGUGGUGUCGCUGCUUGUUUCACAUUUUUAUAAACAUGCUGUUCCUCCCAACAGAAACUGUAUUUCAGUACUAAGAACAAUAAAUGUGUUCAUAAUGUUUUGUAAAUAUUAAAUGCACAAUUUGACAAUAAAUGUUUUGCUCAUA